AUAUAAUAUAUCUAGGUGCUGUCUCAGGAAACUGAACCCUAUAAAUUUGUGGAGAGACAGAAACUUACAGAGACCGAUCACAAACGCUUCAUCAUGGCGACUAAAUUGCUGGCUUUAGCUUGCAUACGUAACGAGAAUAGUAGCUAUGGCGAUUUGUCUCCUAAACCACGUUACCCUUCGAUGCCAAAAUAUCCAAAAGGCGUUUCGGAGCAAGAAACUAACGUCCAAGGUUCCGAAGCUAAGGCUGUUUUUUCCGUUAUCGGAAUGACAUGCGCUGCUUGUGCUGGAUCCGUCGAGAAAGCAGUCAAACGGCUACCCGGUAUACGUGAGGCCGCCGUCGAUGUGUUGAAUAGUCGGGCUCAAGUUUUAUUCUAUCCGAGUUUCGUUAACGAAGAAACUAUUCGUAAGACUAUUGAAGAUGAUGCAGGAUUUGAGGCCACAUUGAUUCAAGAUGAGAUCAGUGAUAAAUCCACUCAGGUAUGCCGAAUACGCAUUAAUGGAAUGACUUGCACUUCUUGCUCCUCGACAGUUGAGCAAGCUCUGCAAGCAAUUCACGGUGUGCAAAAAGCCCAGGUGGCCUUAGCAACUGAAGAAGCAGAAGUUCACUAUGAUCCAAAUAUAUUGAGCUACAACCAGCUCUUAAAAACCAUUGAAGAUACAGGAUUUGAAGCCAUACUUAUCAGUACUGGUGAAGACAUGGACAAGAUACAGCUUAAAGUUGAUGGUAUAAGGACAGAAAAUUCAAUGAGAAUGAUUGAAAAUUCUCUUCGAGCACUACCUGGUGUUCAAACCAUAAACAUAGACCCUGAACUCAACAAAAUUUCUCUUUCUUACAAACCAGAAAUGACAGGUCCUAGAAAUUUUAUCAAAGUGAUUGAAUCAACUGGGACUGGUCGAUUCAAGGCGAUGAUAUUUCCUGAAAGUGCAGGACGAAGAGAAAGUCAUAGAAAAGAGGAAAUUCAGCAAUAUUACAGAUCCUUUCUAUGGAGUUUGGUUUUCACAGUUCCUGUAUUUUUAAUAUCCAUGGUUUUUAUGUAUAUCCCUGGAACAAAGCAUGGAUUAGACACCAAAAUAGUCAAUAUGCUGACUAUUGGAGCAAUUCUGAGGUGGGCUUUAUCCACUCCUGUGCAGUUCAUUAUUGGCAGGCGAUUCUAUGCAGGGUCCUACAAAGCAUUGAAGCAUGGUUCUGCUAAUAUGGAUGUGCUGAUCGCCUUGGGAACAAAUGCUGCCUACUUCUAUUCAGUCUAUUCUGUGUUAAGAGCUGCUAGCUCUCCAGUUUUUAUGGGGACAGAUUUCUUUGAAACUAGCUCCAUGCUUAUAUCAUUUAUUCUUCUUGGCAAGUAUCUAGAAGUUUUGGCUAAAGGAAAGACGUCUGAGGCUAUUGCUAAGCUUACGGACUUAGCACCUGAUACAGCAAUAUUACUGACUCUAGAUGACGAGGGAAAUGUGGUUAGUGAAGAAGAAAUUGAUAGCCGGUUGACACAAAAGAAUGAUGUGAUUAAAAUCAUUCCUGGUGCAAAAGUAGCUUCAGAUGGUUUUGUUAUAAGGGGUCAGAGCCAUGUCAAUGAAAGCAUGAUAAGGAGAAGCGCGGCCACAGGAGAAGCGCGGCCAGUGGCAAAAAGGAAGGGUGACCCUGUGAUUGGAGGUACUGUGAAUGAGAAUGGCGUAUUGCAUAUUAAGGCAACUAGGGUUGGAUCAGAGAGUGCUCUUUCACAGAUUGUUCGUCUUGUUGAGUCAGCUCAGAUGGCUAAAGCUCCCGUACAGAAAUUUGCUGAUCGUAUUUCCAAGUUAUUUGUGCCUCUAGUCAUCAUUCUAUCAUUCUCAACUUGGCUUGCCUGGUUUAGCUGCAAUUUAGCUGCAAAGUUCCAUGGCUACCCAGAGUCUUGGAUACCAAGUUCCAUGGACAGCUUUGAGCUUGCACUCCAAUUUGGAAUCUCUGUCAUGGUCAUAGCCUGUCCAUGUGCUCUUGGAUUAGCCACCCCAACUGCUGUCAUGGUUGGUACCGGCGUUGGUGCAUCUCAGGGUGUCCUAAUCAAAGGUGGUCAAGCAUUAGAAAGUGCACACAAGGUGAACUGCAUUGUGUUUGACAAGACAGGAACUCUAACAGUGGGAAAGCCAGUUGUUGUUAACACGAAACUCUUCAAAAAUAUGGUGCUUAGAGAUUUUUAUGAACUUGUUGCUGCAGCUGAGGUAAAUAGUGGACAUCCUUUAGCCAAAGCCAUUGUAGAAUACGCCAAGAAAUUCAGAGAAAAUGAAGAGAACCCAGUCUGGCCAGAGGCACAAGAUUUUGUCUCUAUCACUGGCCAUGGAGUGAAAGUUAUUGUUCGUGACAAGGAAAUAAUAGUAGGAAACAGAAGCUUGAUGUUUGACCACAACAUUGCCAUUCCAGUUGAUGCUGAAGAAAUGCUAACAGAAACUGAAGGGAUGGCUCAAACAGGGAUUUUAAUUGCAAUAGAUAGAGAAGUGACUGGAGUUCUAGCCAUAUCGGAUCCUCUAAAACCAGGAGCACGUGAAGUCAUUUCAAUUCUCAAGUCUAUGAAAGUUAGAAGCAUUAUGGCGACAGGUGACAAUUGGGGAACAGCCAGUUCUGUUGCUGGAGACGUUGGGAUCGUAACUGUUAUUGCAGAAGCAAAGCCCGAGCAGAAAGCAGAGAAAGUAAAGGAACUACAGGUCCCAUAUAGUGGGGCAAUGGUGGGUGAUGGCAUAAAUGAUUCUCCAGCACUUGUAGCAGCAGAUGUUGGAAUGGCAAUUGGUGCAGGCACAGAUAUUGCAAUAGCAAGCAGCUGAAUAGUUUUCUAAUGGAAAAGCAACUUGGGGAGGAUGAUCACUUGCUAUAAGUUGUCAAGGAAGCGCUUUUCGCGAACCCGGCUUAACUACAUUUGGGCUCUGGGUUAUAACCUGCUUGGUAUUCCAAUAGCUGCUGGAGCACUUUUCCCUGGCACUGGAUUCCGUUUGCCUCCCUGGAUUGCUGGAGCCGCCAUGGCAGCUUCUUCAGUUAGUGUGGUUGUGUGCUCCCUCCUGUUAAAAAAUUACAAGAGACCAAAAAUGCUUGAAAAUCUUGAGAUUCGUGGGAUUAGGAUUGAGUGAAUUCAUGAUCUUGGUUAUCAAAACAAGUAUUUGUUUAUAUUUGUCAAGUCAUAGGAAAAAUCAAGUGUGAAAGCUUGUUGCUUGAUGUUUUUUAUUUUAUUUUUUGUUAUAUACAAGCUGAAGCUGUUUUAUGAUCACCUGUAUAUAUAAUAUAUGGCUGUUUUAUGAUAA